GACAGCAAAGACCACUGACCCUUAGAGCAUUUCUCCUUCCAGGAUGAGCAGACACCUUGCAGAAUCCUGUGCCAGUUACUACACUGCUAACAACACCUUUGUGGAUACUUUUGGCUGCCCCAGGAAAGAUGAUGGUGUAGAUCUUAUAUACUGCUGUGGGUUUGUUGACCUAAAAUACUGCUGCAAUGAACCAGGAAACUAUUUUCCCUACAAGCAUGGGUAUAUGUGGACACUUAGUAUAGGGGCUCUGAUUGGCUUGGCAAUUGCAGCACUGGUUUUGUUAGCGUUUGUCAUCAGCGUCUGUGUACUUUGCUAUUUAUUUCUAUACACAAAGCCACAAAGAAUAAAUUCUGGUUUGAAGCUACAGCAUGCUGGGUCUGCAUCUUCACACAAAGGAAAAUUGAAGAAGCAGAUUCAAGCUAAUUGCUCCACUAGAACCACUAAUUCUACAGUCGAGACGUUCUCCGAACCAGAUGUGGCUGUUCAAGAGAAACUUGCAGAUGCUGAACAGAUUAUUAUGACUAAACUGUAAACUGAGAAAAGAUUAUUGCUUAUUUUCUGUUUUAGUUAUUUUGUUUUUUCUUACUUUUAUACAUUUCUUUAAAAUGUUCAGAAUUAAAUAAACUUAAAUAGCAAAAA